GGAGCGGAGCGGCGGGAGGAGGCCGCCGCCGCCGCCAAGAUGGCGGACCUGGAGGCGGUGCUGGCCGACGUGAGCUACCUGAUGGCCAUGGAGAAGAGCAAGGCCACGCCGGCCGCGCGCGCCAGCAAGAAGAUCCUGCUGCCCGAGCCCAGCAUCCGCAGCGUCAUGCAGAAGUACCUAGAGGACCGGGGCGAGGUGGCCUUUGAGAAGAUCUUCUCCCAGAAGCUGGGGUACCUGCUCUUCCGAGACUUCUGCCUGAACCACUUAGAGGAGGCCAGGCCCCUGGUGGAGUUCUAUGAGGAGAUCAAGAAAUACGAGAAGCUGGAGACCGAGGAGGAGCGCCUGGCUCGGAGCCGGGAGAUCUUUGAUGUCUACAUCAUGAAGGAGCUGCUGGCCUGUUCGCACCCCUUCUCGAAAAGUGCCACUGAGCACGUCCAGGGCCACCUGGUGAAGAAGCAGGUGCCUCCAGACCUCUUCCAGCCCUAUAUUGAAGAGAUCUGUCAGAAUCUCCGUGGGGAUGUGUUCCAAAAGUUCAUUGAGAGCGAUAAAUUCACACGGUUUUGUCAGUGGAAGAACGUGGAGCUCAACAUCCAUCUAACCAUGAACGACUUCAGUGUCCAUCGCAUUAUCGGGCGCGGCGGCUUUGGCGAGGUCUAUGGGUGCCGCAAGGCUGACACGGGCAAGAUGUAUGCCAUGAAGUGUCUGGACAAGAAGCGCAUCAAGAUGAAACAGGGGGAGACACUGGCCCUGAACGAGCGUAUCAUGCUGUCCCUCGUCAGCACCGGGGACUGUCCCUUCAUCGUCUGCAUGUCGUACGCAUUCCACACGCCUGACAAACUCAGCUUCAUCCUUGACCUCAUGAACGGUGGGGACCUGCACUACCACCUGUCCCAGCAUGGGGUCUUCUCUGAGGCCGACAUGCGCUUCUACGCGGCCGAGAUCAUCCUGGGCCUGGAGCACAUGCACAACUGCUUCGUCGUUUACCGGGACCUGAAGCCAGCCAACAUCCUCCUGGACGAACAUGGCCACGUGCGCAUCUCGGACCUGGGCCUGGCCUGUGACUUCUCCAAGAAGAAGCCCCACGCCAGCGUGGGCACCCACGGGUACAUGGCCCCCGAGGUCCUGCAGAAGGGCGUGGCCUACGAUAGCAGUGCCGACUGGUUCUCUCUGGGCUGCAUGCUCUUCAAGCUGCUCCGGGGGCACAGCCCCUUCCGGCAACACAAGACCAAAGACAAGCACGAGAUCGAUCGGAUGACGUUGACAAUGGCUGUGGAGCUGCCUGACUCCUUUUCCCCCGAACUCCGCUCCUUGCUGGAGGGGCUGCUUCAGCGGGAUGUCAACCGGAGACUGGGCUGCCUGGGCCGAGGGGCUCAGGAGGUGAAGGAGAGCCCCUUCUUCCGCUCCUUGGACUGGCAGAUGGUCUUCCUGCAGAAGUACCCACCCCCGCUGAUCCCCCCACGGGGGGAGGUGAACGCGGCCGACGCCUUCGACAUUGGCUCCUUUGAUGAAGAGGACACAAAGGGGAUCAAGUUACUGGACAGUGACCAGGAGCUCUACCGCAACUUCCCCCUCACCAUCUCGGAGCGGUGGCAGCAGGAGGUGGCGGAGACCGUGUUUGACACCAUCAAUGUGGAGACAGACCGGCUGGAGGCCCGCAAGAAAGCUAAAAACAAGCAGCUGGGCCACGAGGAGGAUUACGCCCUGGGCAAGGACUGCAUCAUGCAUGGCUACAUGUCUAAGAUGGGCAACCCCUUCCUGACCCAGUGGCAGCGGCGGUACUUCUACCUAUUCCCCAACCGGCUGGAGUGGCGGGGCGAGGGCGAGGCCCCACAGAGCCUGCUCACCAUGGAGGAAAUCCAGUCGGUGGAGGAGACGCAGAUCAAGGAGCGCAAGUGCCUGCUCCUCAAGAUCCGCGGCGGGAAGCAGUUUGUCCUGCAGUGUGACAGCGACCCCGAGCUGGUGCAGUGGAAGAAGGAGCUACGGGACGCCUAUCGCGAGGCCCAGCAGCUGGUGCAGCGGGUACCCAAGAUGAAGAACAAGCCGCGCUCGCCGGUCGUGGAGCUGAGCAAGGUGCCGCUGAUCCAGCGCGGCAGCGCCAAUGGCCUCUGACCACCUGCCCACCACCCGCCCGCCUUUUAUAAACCUCUAAUUUAUUUUGUUCAAUUUUUAUUAUUUGUUUUCCCGCAAAGCGGAAAGGUUUUAUUUUGUAAUUAUUGUGAUUUCCUGUGGCCCCAACCUGGCCCAGCCCCCUGGGAGGGGUCCGCUUGCCUCAGCUCCUGCUGCCACCCACCCAGCCGCCCCCAGCCUGGCCCCUCCAGGGGUCGCCUGCUUCUAGUGUCUUCCUGUUGGGGGAGAGCAACGGCCCUGGGCAGCCUCCAGCCCCUUCCCUGGUGGUGAUGUCCCACGAGCUCUGUGCCUCGGGUACGCUGGGAGGCGCAACCAGGGGAGGGCAAGGCACAGGGAUGCUACUUGAAUCAACCCCAGAGCGGUGGAGGCCCGCGCUAUACUGCACACCGGCCAGCUGGAGGAAGGAAAAGGCCCGUGUCUCCCUGGUCCCAGGGCCACCCACAGUGACUUGGGCUCCAUUGCCCUUGUUUGGAAAAAGCUCCUGUGUCCCUGGCCACCUCUGUUCCUGCCUCCUUGGACACUGUGGGCCUCGGCCAGGUGGUGGCAUGGCAGUGGGUGCUGCUGCCCUCCCUGCAGGCCCGGGCUCAGGGACCAGAGAAAGGCCACUACGGAACGUGCCAAACAUUGGGCUGGGCCGAAGCCUCCCCUGCCCAGGAUGAGGGGCCAACCUGGGGCCAGGCAACAGCAGGGAGGGGACACGGUGGGACCAGCCCUCUCCCCAUGGUCCAUGUGCCUCCCCGGGCUGUCUACCCCCCUCCCCGUCCGUCAGUGCCACGCCCGCAGAGCGCCACCUCGCCGCAUGCCCCCUCGUGCCAGUCGCGAUACUUUGUGUGGUGCCGCCUCCCCCGGGGCUGGGGCGGCGCCCCUCCCCCAUCUACUCCCUGGUGCGUCUCUUUGCGGAUUUUUGAAUGUGAUUUUAAAGAGUGGAAAAUGAGACUAUGCGUUUUUAUAAAAAAUGGUGCCUGAC